GCGUGCUGAUCGGCAGUCACAUGUCACUCAAACGGCGGUACCGAAAUACUUCCUAAUCCGCUGCCCGUGCUCUGAUUGACUGGGCUUUGCUUUUCUUUUUGCUGCGGAAUCUGGGAAAUGUAUUACUGUAAUACUCCGUGUGCCGUCACUUCCGGUUGUUAUUGGUAGGGUUGCUGGGAGGAACUGAUGGAUUUUGAUGAAGUUGCAGUUUACUUCUCUAAGGAGGAGUGGGAAAGGUUAACUGAAGAACAAAAAGUGCUGUACAACGAGGUGAUGAUGGAAAAUUACCAGACGCUCAGAUCUCUGGGGCGCAUCUAUGUAAAGCCGUUAAUUAUCGCAAAGCUUGAGAGAGGAAAAGAUCCAUACGUGCUUGGCCGACGGAAGAUCAAACACAAGAAAAUUCACUUAAAUGCCAACAAAUUCAAACACAGUGUACCAGACUUUCAAACAUGCGCAAGAACAUCUACGGGGAAGGUUAGAGAGCGAGCGGAAAGGUAUACACUGGAGGAGAAGGAUAUGCUGAUAAGGGAAGUUUUGGCGAGAGAGGACCUUCUUUGGAGUAAGACCACUCCCACCCCAGAUAGGACAAAGGCCUGGAGAGAGAUCACUGCUGCAGUGUGCCGCGUGGGUCGUUUCAGGACUGUGUUAUCUGUAAAGCACAGGUUUCAUGAUUGCAGGUCAGAAGUCAGGAAGAAGAUGGAGCAGGCUGCAGUAGGGAAGGAGGUGAAAUUUGCCCAUUGGGAGGAGCAGAUGAGGAAUCAUUUGGCCCGGACUCUUGUGGUGGAACCAGGAGUGCAUUCUUCCGCCCAGCAGUCUGAAGAAUCACAACAUCAUCAAGAAGAAGAAACUCAAGAAAAGGAGCAGCCUCAGGUCUUGCCAAGUCCUGUGGAGGGGAACAAUGAUAAUGUUUUGUUGGCUAUGAGUGCUCCACCUCAGCAAGAGCAACCUAUACAGCUGCCUUCACCACCUCUCCAGGAGCCAAGGAUGGAGGUUCCUCUGCCUCCUGUUCUCCCUCCAGAUCCAUUGCAACAUUUGCCACCUUUAUUCCCUCUUCCACCUGUGCCACCACCAGUCACCCCAGAGAUCCCACAACAUUUGGAGAUAAUAAGACAACUAAAGCUCUUCCAGGAAGAGAAAAAGAGGAAAAUCAGGUGGCAAAUGCGUAUCUAUGCGCAGCAAGAGAGGUAUUCAUAUCAGAUGGCUACAAUAAUUAACCUUCUGCAGCAGCUGGUGAAACGCGUUGCCAGGAGCCCCACACCUGAUCUUUCAAGACCAUCUUCAUCAAGUUCAUCUGUUGCUUCUCAGUAUAUUAAACGAAGGAUAAAAAGAGAGGCCUCUCGUACAAUGCAUAAAAAAUACAAAAAUCACAAAAACUUUUAGUAAAAUGGUGAUAUGAAGAGGCAGAAUUUAGAGCAACUAAGUAACAAGGUAGCUAGUGUUGUUGAACUGUUGAUAAUUUCUUUGUUAGUACUUGUUAUGAAUUAUUUAGCUUCAGUCUCAUUGUAUUGUGCAGGAAUCUAUCAACUUGUUAAUAUGGGCAGAAAAUCACUAACAGACUGAAUCACUGAAAGUCUAUCUGCAGGACUUAAUGGACAAAGUCCCGGUAAUGCAUCAAUGUAUAAUAUCAUGGCUCCUAAACAAAACAAAAAUAGGUCUUUAUACCAGCAGCAAGAGGCAAAGAAAGUAUAGAUCUGGAAGUAAAACUGAAGGUAAUUAAACAGUAUGAAGGUGGAAAACAAGUGAACGCUAUAGCUCAUGAUUUGGGCAUGUCACACUCCACAGUGACAACGAUCCUUAAGGAUAAGGAUACAAUUCUCAAGGCUGUUAAAGGAUCAGCUCCCCUGACAUCUACAAGGCUUACAAAAAUGAGAGAGGGACCCAUAUCUGAUAUGGAAACAAUGACAGGGAUUGAGGAUGAAACUUAGAAGCAAAGCCCUCUGAGCACACUGACCAUCACUGCUAAAGCACAAAAUUUAUAAUGCAGGACCAGACAAGGAGUUUACCGCUAGUUCUGGGUGGUUCCAGUGCUUCUAACAACAUUUUCUUUCCAAUGGCAUGGAGAGUCCACAAAUCCAUUCUAAUUACUAGUGGGAAUUCAACUCCUAGCCACCAGGAGGAGGCAAAGAACACCCCAGCAGAGCUGUAAGUAUCCUCCCACUUCCCAUAACCCCCAGACAUUCUUUGCCUUGUCCAUCAGGAGGAUGUACGAAGAUGGAGUCUGAAGAAGAUUAAUCCUUUAAUGGGAAGUUUCCUUGCAAGCAAGAAUUGGGGUAAAGCUGUGUCCACGUAAUCCUCUUGAGUAAGAGAUGUGGUGGCUUUUAGCUUUUGGAGGUCGGUGAGGUAGUCCUUGCUUUUCCUUCAACAAUUUAUGCUAACCCUAUAUGGAAAACCAGGGUUUGUUACUCUGCUUUUCCUCUUUCUCUUCAGGUCCCUGUCACAGGUCGUUUGAGUCUGUCAUACCUGAGGUGCUGUGCCUGCCCUGCAGCUAGAAACCCCUGAGGUAAGUGCUCUUCCCUUCUAAGUGAGAAGGCUCAGCACUUUGGGGGUUAAUCCCUUUUUUUAGAAAUGGAGUAUGGAAAUAGUUAAGAAAUCUCUUCAAUGUUGGGAUUGUUUUCAUGGGCAGUAUAUACACUCUGUGUGUCUGGAGUAUGAACUAAUCAUUCCUUAGUGGGAUCUGCAUUGAUCAUGCUAAUUGACAAACGGAUAUAAUUUGUCAUCCAUUCGGCUCUGGGUGUCCUAGACCUCAGUAGCCUGUACACGUUUCUACUUGAAAGAUCUCUGUAUACUAAGAAAGGGGCUGUCAGGUAACUCCGCCAUUAGAAACAGUGGUUAAGUGGGUGGUAAAUCUCACUUUACAAUGCACUGCUUAGUGUGGGUUAUAAAAAUGCCACAUGAUGGGCACUAAACUUCUGGACUGUAUGCAUCGCCAGUGUGUUUUUGAUGCGCUCUCUCUCAGCGGCGGUGGCUCAGUUUGUUAACUAACCAGGAUCGGACACCACCGCACGCUAUUAUGCAGUUGCAAAUUUUGGAGAUAUAGUGGAUCGGUUAUCUUUAGAUCCUUCCUGAGACAUGCAGGAACGUUUUUGUCCUCAGCCUAGUGCUGUUAUUUCCGCAUGUCGGCUUUGUGAGCUGAAGAUUUAUUUUUGGUAUGACGGCACCAUUUUAUGCACCAGCGAUCUGAAGUACGUGAUAGCUAAUAUUGCUGUAAGGAGACAGGCCGCAGGCGGUGCAGUGUUCAAAAUCUCUGUGUCCUUAGUGAUCUUAGCUGGUGAUGUGGUGCUCUUGUGUUUCUGAAGACCUUUUCACUGAUGGUCUUAGUGUUUUGGGCUUAAACCGGUGGCGGCGGGGUUAAUGAUCCUGCCACAGGUCGGUUUGGCGUGAUUUCGCCGGCUCCAUUGUUGGAUCUGGAUCGGGCCUUUUUAUCAAGGGUGUGGAACUUUAAUAAUGUUAUGUAUAUUAAUCUCCAUGCCUAGUUUCUGUUCAUUCUCAGUGGUGUUCACUAGAAUAUAUUUAUUGUCUUAUUUAAUAUUUUUUCCUCUUUUGCAGGAAUCCCUGGUGUCUGACGUCAUCUUGUGGUGAUUAAAGACAGCUCAAAUAGCACAGUAGCUGAGUGAACUAUUUAUUUAGUAACAGAGUUACUGGUUUGAUUUCCCAUACUGGUAGGGGAAAAAUAUUUAAAGGGUAUUUUUCCAUUUUAAUGGAGAAUAUUUUAAUUUUUCCCAUAAGGGAAAAUAUAAUAUACAGAAUUAAUAAUAUAUUAAUUAAUAUACAGAAUUAUUUGUAGCUGUUUACACCUGUUCUAUAAUGUGUUUUUUUUUGCAGGUUACACAUUUAUUAUUUAUUACAUGGGAGUUGAGUUCUUUGCUCUCAAAAGCAAAUAUUAUCCUUAUAUAUAUUUAUAUUAUAUUUCUUCUCUUAGUGAGAUUUCCUGCUUAUGACUGUUGCAACAUCGUCCUCUGUUAAAAUCAUAUUUUUCUUAAGUGUAUUAUAGAACAUUAUCACCAAGAUUAAGUGUUUUAAUGAUGAAAAAAAUGGCCAUUUCAGCGUUAAAACAGCACAGCAGCCAUUACAAGUAUUGUCGGUAUAGCUUUACCGCAAGCCUUUUAGCCUGUAACGCAACGUUAGUCCGCACACGUAAAAAUUAAGUUUUUUCAUGGGAAUUCCAUAGCGCUGCCAUUACAAAUUUUGCGUUCUGGUUAAAAAGCUUGCGUUACACCCUAAAACGACAAAAUCCGUAACGCCACCUGAAAGCAGUAGUUAUGAGUUUUAUGCAACAAAACUGUUACAAAACUGUUACAAAACUGUUACAUAAAACUCAUAAGUAAAGUGUUAAAAAGUACACUAACACCCAUAUACUAACCUAUUAACACUUAAACCGAUGCACUCCCGCAUCACAAACACUAU